UGUCCUUCACCAACCACACUCCCUACUCCUCUUCUCCGGGAGGUCCACGCCCGCUGUCCGAAAACGCAUCGCCCGCCGGCCUCGGCUCCGACCCCGACCGCCGCCCGCUUCCGCCGCCAUGGCCUUCUCCUCCCCCAACUCCCUCUCCGCUUCCACCCCCAGCGCCUCCUCCCCUCUCCACCUCCACCUCCGCCUCCAGCCGCAGCCCUUCCUCCACCUCUCCUUCCACCGCUCCCUCCCGCUCCCGUUCCACCUCCCCGCCCUCCGCCUCACCCGCCCCCUCCUCCCUCCCACCCCCCUCGCCUCCUCGGGCGGCGGCAGCAACUUCGGCAACGGCGGGGGCGAUGACGACCUCCCCUCCGGCGGCGGAGGCGGAGACGACAACGAGGACGACGACGACGCGUCCGUCAACAGGAGGGAGGCGCUGUUCGUGCUGGCGCAACUGGGGCGGAAGCUCGAGAGCCUCCCGGCCGACAUGGCCGCGGCCGUGGACGGCGGCCGCCUCCCCGGGGAGAUCGUGCGCCGCUUCGCCGAUCUCGAGAAGUCGCCCCUCUUCCGCUGGCUGCUCCAGUUCGGCGGAUUCAGGGAGCGCCUCCUCGCCGACGACCUCUUCCUCGCCAAGGUCGCCAUGGAGUGCGGCGUAGGCAUCUUCACCAAGACUGCUGCAGAGUAUGAACGAAGGAGGGAGAACUUCACCAAAGAGCUUGACUUUGUGAUUGCAGAUGUGGUCAUGGCAAUAGUUGCAGACUUCAUGCUUGUUUGGCUCCCUGCUCCAACUGUGUCUCUGCAGCCAGCACUAGCAAUGAAUGCUGGGUCUCUUGCUAAGUUCUUCCACAACUGCCCCGAUAAUGCAUUCCAGAUUGCUUUGUCUGGAACAUCGUACACAUUUUUGCAGAGAUUUGGAGCUAUUAUGAGGAAUGGCGCAAAGCUUUUUGCAGUGGGAACUAGUGCAUCUCUGAUCGGCACAGGUGUCACCAAUGCAAUUAUAAAGGCAAGACAGAGCGUUAGCAAGGAUGAUGCUGGUGAAGUCGAAAAUAUCCCAAUCGUUUCCACUAGUAUUGCCUAUGGUGUAUACAUGGCAGUUUCUAGUAACCUCAGAUACCAGAUUCUGGCUGGAGUAGUUGAACAGCGAAUGCUUGAGCCAUUACUCCACCGCCACAAACUAGCAUUGAGUGCACUCUGCUUUGCGGUUCGAACAGGGAACACGUUCUUGGGAUCUCUACUGUGGGUUGACUAUGCCAAGUUUAUAGGCAUACAAUAAAUCGAAGAUAGAGCAGAAAUAUGCAUAAAUCAUUAGCAACGUCGAUUCGUCACCACGUGAUGUUACAACACUUCCUGCCUCUGGAACAUGACUCAUCUGCCUUCAUAGGAGACACUAUGGGUGGAGUAGUUCGAUUGCUUUAGUUGAAAAGGAAAGAUGGCCUCAGAAAAUAGGCAAUUUGUCGAAUUCUCAAGAAACAAGUGAUUGGAUUCUUUUUAGUGCCUUGUGCGUUUUGUCCUGUUAGAAAUCGAUAUGCUUCAGACUAUAAUUUGCCGGUUGUUCAUGUUGCGUGAGUUCAUGUGCUUUUGCUUAUUUUCUAUUCUCCCAAAAUUUGUGGCACAUAAACACAUGAUGCCAAACCUGUACAUGGCCCAUCUGGAUUCUUUAUACUACUAUAUGAGUUUGCAUGGCACCA